UUCAAGUAGUACAUGUGAUGAUGAUGAAGGAGGACCAGAUGGUGGUGGACAUGGUGGAAAUAAUAAUGCAAAUAGUGGUGAAGAACAUGGUCAGAGUAACAGUGGCUACUCCACUGCUAGUUUAGGUAGUGUAUAUGAAGAUGAAGAAGUUGGUUUCGGAGAUGUUGCAAAUACAAAAGCAAAUGGUGGUGGAGAACAUGGACAGAGUAACAGUGGUCAUUCCGCUGACAGUUUAAGUAGUGCAGAUGAAUAUGAAGAAGGACCAGAUGGCGGUGGACAUGGUAGAAAUACUACUACAAAUGGUGGUGGAGAACAUAAUCAGAAUAACACUGGUCACAUCACUGACAGUUUGAAUAUUGCAGAUGAAGAAGGAGAACAACCGAUUGAUGGUGUACAUAGUGGAAUCACUAAUACAAAUGGUAAUGGGGAUCUGGGCCAGAGUAGCAGUGGUCAAUCAAGUGAUAAUCCAGGUAGAGCAGAUGAAGAAGAGGAAGGUCAAAUAGAGGGAACUCAAGGUGGUAAUAUAAAUGAUAAUGAAGAACAGGAUGAGAAUAAUGGUCAACUAUUAAAUGUUGAAAAUGUACGUGAAGUUCAUGAGCAGGUACUUACAACACCCACCUAUAACAAUAUUUGGUUCAAAAGUGUUGUUCCUGUAGGAGGUGAUGUUGGAGCACAGCAUGCAGGUCUAACUACCCAAAAAGCAUUUGAAGAAAUGAACAGCAUCAUUUCGGAGAGUUCUACUGUUGCAAUAGGUAUAGCAGCUGCUGUUGGUGUAGGAGGGAUAUUCGCUGUUGUGGGAAGACACUUGUACAAGAGAAUGACAAAUAAGGUGUCAUACCAAGCACAAUCACCGACAUCGAGCCAAUCUGAUUUGGUGAACGAGAACAGUGAUGGGGAUGUAGAAUCGGCAGAGAAGAACGACAAUGGGGCAACGGGAGCAGAUGAAAUAAAGGACUUGUAUAAAGAUCAUGGUUUUCAUUGCUCCUCUAUUCCCGUAGUGAAUAUAUAG